ACUUCUGGUGGCCAAGAAGCCCUUGUUCGCCUACUGGAUAAGAAAGAUCUCAUCCUUCCCGGCGAGCAGUAGCCUUUCGUCGCUCCUCUCCCUGCAAACCUGCAAUUACCCUUUUGCCCUCGCCGGCGGUGUCGACCAUCCAUCCGCCGCCGCCUCCCGCGCAAGGGCGGUAGUACCCGGAAGACUGUGCCAUGGCGGCCAUAUCGUCGAUUCCCUUCGCCGCACUGCGCCGAGCCGCCGACUGGAGGCCGCCGACGGCGACUGCAGCGGUGGGCAUCUCCGGCGGUGUCGUGCUCAACGCGAGGGCUCGGCGCGGCUCACGUUCCGUGGUGCGCUGCGUCGCCGCGACCGCUGAUAUUCCACCUACUGUUGCGGAUACAAAGAUGAACUUUCUCAAGUCAUACAAGCGUCCUAUCCCCAGCAUUUACAGUACAGUCCUACAAGAACUUUUAGUGCAGCAGCAUCUAAUGAGAUACAAAAGUACCUACCAGUACGAUCCUGUGUUUGCUCUUGGCUUUGUCACUGUCUACGACCAGCUUAUGGAAGGGUACCCCAGCAAUGAGGACAGGGAUGCUAUAUUCAAGUCAUAUAUAACAGCGUUAAAUGAAGACCCUGAGCAAUACAGAGCUGACGCACAAAAGAUGGAAGAGUGGGCACGUGCCCAGAAUGGUAGCCUGUUAGUGGAAUUUUCUUCCAGAGAUGGGGAAAUAGAGGCCGUUCUGAAAGAUAUAUCAGAAAGGGCCCAGGGUAACGGAAACUUCAGCUACAGCCGGUUCUUUGCAGUUGGCUUGUUCCGUUUGCUUGAACUUGCAAAUGCAACGGAGCCAACAGUACUAGACAAGCUUUGUGCCGCUCUAAACAUCAAUAAAAGAAGCGUGGAUAGAGACCUCGACAUUUACCGCAACUUACUCUCAAAAUUAGUUCAAGCCAAGGAACUUCUCAAGGAAUACAUCGACAGGGAAAAGAAGAAGAGGGAAGAAAGAUUAGAGACUCCGAAGCCGAAUGAACCUGUGGCAAAAUUCGAUGGAAACUCUUAUCCCGUGAUGCAUUAACUCAGCUUUUCCUAGGGGAGAGCAUGGCCGGAUAACAGAUAUUAACAGUUUCAUCUGGACUGCGUAGAGAAACUAUCAGGGGCAUCUUUGGCUGCUCAUCCUGUGGUGUAGUAAUCUGCCGUACAAAAAAGAUCCAGAUUAUUCUUAGUGUUGAGCUCGAUACUUUGUAAUUCUCCUUUUCUCUGUCGAAAAUGUAUUGUUUUCUUCACAUGUUUUACAGCACGAAGAGGUGUCUGAGGAUCAAUUUACUCACGAGCUGAGAAAUUAUAUAUUGUGAUGACAAAGAAAUCAUUUUGCAUGGUUCUGUUUAUCUGAA